AAUGUAUUUUGGAACAUAUAAAUAAAACAUUAUUAAAAUGAACUAAUUCUUCUAAUUAUUGUAUUAAAAAUUUACACAUCACUCAACUAAAUCCUGACUUCAUUCCCCUAUACAUACAUAAAUCUCAAUGACUUGGCUUAUUUACACAAGAUGUCAAACUACACUGAUAUAAAAAGCAAGUUAGUAUUUAUCUAAAGUAAUUCUACUUUGCAUGUUUGUCAUUUAUAAUGUACAAUAUUAAAUAACUAUUCCAAUGUCUUAUCUUUUCUUUAAUACAUAAGAUGAACUCACCAUUUUUCCAUGUCGUGGAUUUCUUGGGACGGGGAGAGGUGGAAGUUGUAAGCAGUAGGUGGAUGGCUGGAGAAAAUGAUUGCUAUUGGCCUCCAUAUAAAUUUCCCAGUUAUAUAAAAAGAGCACAGCUGCAACAUGAGAAACCAGGAGCUGACUGGGAAACAUACAAAGUCCGCUCACUCUAUAAAACAACAGAUUAUGAGAAAGCCAGACAGAAGGCUAAAAGGGCUGAGACCUCCUCUUGUCUCAACUCUGAAAGUGACAGUAUGCUGGGAAAGUUUAAUCGGAAAAGGAAACCCAACUCACGGUAUCCUGAUCAGGGUCACUCUUCUUCUUCUGAAGAAGACAUAAUAAAAAGACAUAAGCAUACGAUACCAAUUCCACCAUCACCACCAUCCCCAUGUCCACAAUCAUCACAACCAGCCCCACCAGCUCAACUAGCUCCACCAGCCCAACCAGCUCAACUAGCUCCACCUGCCCCACAUGCUCAACUAACUCCACCAGCCUCUGUAUCAGAGUCAAAAAGGCAGCCAAUUACACCAACACAACGCUACAUUAUAAGUCAGAUGGAAUACUUCAAAGAAGAGGUUGCUGUUAUAAAGCAACUCUUGCUUUCCCUGACUAAACAAACCUCUGGAGCUGCAGCCCUGCCAGAGGGUGUAGAGUUACCAAUAACAAACAUAGUGGACCUCCAAAUUUUGGGAAAACAAACUGAAGGAGGAGGCCUGCUACAAUGCAAUGGCAAAGUAUCUGGCAACAAUUGGAGGAACGAACUAUUCCUCCAACACAAAAAGGAUUCUACUCCGUAUGCUGUCCACCCCACUGGCUAUGCAACUAACCUGGAAGGGCUCUGGCCAAAAGUUGGCCUUUGGAAAUCUGCUGAUCUGUAAAGCAAUCAUAGAUGCUGUGACAAAAUGCAGCCGAGCCACAGCAAGUGAGGCAGAAGGCUGCAUCAAAACUUGGCUCCGAAAUGCCAGGGACAGGGAUGGGGGACGGCAAGGACGGGCCAGAAAUGCACUGGGAAAACGCAUGGGUGCCCCUGAGGGGAAUUAUUUUUAAUUUGCUAUUUGUUUUAUGUGUUCUGUGG